AUGUGCUCCUUUUUAAAUCUGUCAUUUUCACUCUCCAUCUCCUGCUUACUUACCUUUAGGAUGCUGAUCCCUCUGUUUGAUGAAGACACUGGUCUGCUUGUUCUUGCUGGCAUGGGUGACACAGUGAUUGACUGCUAUGAAGUCUGUUGCUCUGAGCCUUUCCUCUCUCAAGUGAGCCACUGUCUGACGGAUUCCUCAACACGAGGAGUUGCCAUGGUACCUAAGCUGUCACUGGAUGUCAUGUCCUGUGAGGUGAUGCGUGUCCUUCAGCUGACCGACAGCUGCAUUGUGCCGGUCAGCUACCAAGUCCCUCGCAAGAAUUCAGGCCAGGAGUUUCAUGAGGACCUUUACCCGGACACGGUGGGGACAACUCCGGCCAUGUGUGCUGAGGAGUGGUGGCAGGGAGGAAACAAGCAGGUGGAGAGAGUCAGCCUCCACCCAGACAAACAGCCUAAACCUGCAAAACAGAUACCUGCUAAGAAGGAGCUGACCGGAGGGAGCAAAGAGGACCAGGUUCAAGGUUUCUCCACCUCCAGCAGCCCACUCAGCACCCCCAGCAGCAGUGCUGCCCCAUCCCGCUCUCCCUCCUCCACUUCUGGCCUCUCCUCAGGUUUUGUUCCCAGUCCCAGCCCCAGUCAGAGCACCAAGGCAAUCCAAAGCAUGCUGGGCCCAACCUCCAAGUUCCGCCAUGUCCAGGGUGCGGUGAUGCACCGCGACACGCACAUCACAAAUAUCCGUGGACUCAACCUGACCACUCCUGGAGAAUGUGACGGCUUCUGCGUCAACCACCAACGGAUAGCGGUGCCCUUGGCCAUCUCUGGAGGCCAGAUUGCCGUGUUUGAGCGCUCUCAGCCAGGCAAGCUAUCAGACACGGCCCUUCCCACCAUCCAGAACUCUGUAAAUGUGGCUGACUUUUCUUGGGAUCCCUUUGACACACACAGACUUGCUGUGGCUGGUGAUGAUGCUAAGAUUAGAGUGUGGAAGGUGCCAGAGGGCGGACUGAAAGACACCAUAACUGAGCCUGAGCUUGUCAUGCAAGGCCACACAGAAAAGAUCUACUCAAUUAAGUUCCACCCUCUGGCCAGUGGACUCCUCGUGUCUUCAUCCUAUGAUCUGACCGUCAGACUGUGGAGCCUGGAGAGUGGAGAACAGGUCAAACUUCUCACUGGACACCAGGACCAGGUGUUUGGCAUGGCGUGGAGCCCAGAUGGCAAGCUCCUGGCCACAGUUUGCAAGGAUGGGAAAGUUCGCAUAUAUGACCCUCGCAAGUCCACUGCGCCUGUGCAAGAGGGUCCAGGUCCGGAGGGCCACAGGGGAGCUCGGGUGAUGUGGGUGUGUGAUGGCAAGUACCUGCUGGUGUCAGGAUUUGACAGUCGCAGCGAGAGAGAACUCUACCUGUACUCUGCUGACUCUUUGUCUUCUGGGGCCGUAGCCAGCACACCUGUAAACGUUUCCCCCUCUACACUUAUCCCUUACUACGACCCUGACACCAGCGUUGUCAUUCUUACAGGAAAAGGUGAUACCAGAGUGUACAUUUAUGAGUUGGUCCCUGAAGAUCCAUACUUUAUUGAAUGCAGCAGUUUUAAUUCCCCCGAGCCUCAUAAGGGACUGGCUUUCCUGCCUAAAACAGCGUGCAACGUGCGAGAUGUGGAGAUAGCUGUGGGGCUGAUGCUUACCAAGACAACCAUAGAACCCGUGGCCUUUAGAGUUCCCCGGGUCAAAAAAGAGUUUUUCCAGGACGAUGUGUACACAGACACAGCAGUGUGGUGGGAACCUGCCCUGACUGCCUCCGCCUGGCUGUCCGGCUCCAAUGGCCAACACAAGAAAAUCAGCUUGAAGCCUAAAGACAUGACGCCAGUGAGCGAGGCCCCCAAAGAGGCUCCAGUAAGGAAAUAUCUGCCUUCAUCUGUCUACUUGGAGGAAAAAACUGAUGAACAGAAAAAAGAGGAGCUGCUGAGUGCUAUGGUGGCCAAGCUGGGGAACAUGGACGACCCACUGCCGCAGGAAUCCUUCCAGGGUGUGGAUGACGAUGAAUGGGCUAGAUAUCUCGCACAGAUCGUAGUGAUGGGAGUACAGGUGGUCGGGCGAGCAUUUGCACGUGCUUUACAACAAGAAUAUGCAGCAAGUCAAGCAGCAGCCCGGGCCAGGGGCCGGACUGGUCAGCAGUCAGCUGCAGCGUCCAGCAUCACUGGGAUGAGCCUGCAGGAGGCUCAGCAGAUCCUCAAUGUGUCCACACUGAGCCCUGAAGAGGUUCAGAAGAACUACGAGCACCUUUUUAAAGUCAAUGACAAGGCAGUGGGCGGUUCGUUUUACCUUCAAUCAAAACUGUAA